AAGAAGGCGCUGCCACCGCCGCGUUCUCUUCGGAGGUGCCUCCUCCCUCCCCCUCUUCCGGAGAGAAUGGUUUCGCCCUCGGGAAAGCCGGCCUGGCUGCUCCGAACCCGAAGGCGAGGGUGAGAGCUUCCACAUGGAACUGGGGGGAGGGGGGCUUCCUUGGCGGCGAUUGGCCGAAGGGGGAAGAGCCUCGCGUCGGGAUUGGCUGCUCGCAGCGGAGGGGGAACGAGGCCGGGGCUGCGUUCGGCGCGGCCGCCAGUGAGUCGAGCGGCGGCGUCGAGAGCGGAGGUGGGCGCUGGUUUGUCCGCUCGAGAGCCCAUGGCGUGUGGCUGAGGAGGAGGAGGAGGAGCAGCCCGGCGCGAAAGAGGAGCAGCAGCCGCCUCCUCUGCUGCCGCCGCCGCCGCGAUGGGGACGGUGCUGUCGCUUUCCCCCAGCGCCCCUGGGAAGGGCGGCGGUGGUAGCGGCGGGGUCUUGCCGGAGAAGGCGGCCCCGUCGCGGUCGCACGGCAAAGGCGAGAGCCGCCUCAAGCGGCCCGGGGUGCUCAUCUCGGCCCUGACGUGGAAGCGGCUGGUGGCGGCCUCGGCGAAGAAGAAGAAGAGCGCCAAGAAGGUGACGCCCAAGCCGGGCUGCGGGGACCCGCUGGUGCAGCAGCGCAACCGCGAGAACGCGCGCCAGGCGGAGGGGGCCAAGCCGGGCCCGUUGGCCGUGCCCGUGCCCACCGUCCCGGGACCCGAGGCAGGCGGCAAGGCCCCGCCCCCCGCCCCGCCGCCGCCCCCGCCCCUCCCGUUGCCCGGCAACCGCGCCGCCCCGCCCCCCUCGCCCUCCCCGCGUCGGGUGGUGGUCCAGGCCUCGACGGGGGAGCUGCUCCGCUGCCUGGGCGACUUCGUCUGCCGGCGCUGCUACCGCCUCAAGGAGCUGAGCCCCGGGGAGCCCGUGGGCUGGUUCCGCAGCGUGGACCGCUCGCUCCUGCUCCAGGGCUGGCAGGACCAGGGCUUCAUCACGCCCGCCAACCUGGUCUUCGUGUACCUGCUCUGCCGGGAGUCGCUGCAGGGCGACCAGAUCGGCAGCCCCGCCGAGCUGCAGGCCGCCUUCCUCACCUGCCUCUACCUGGCCUACUCCUACAUGGGCAACGAGAUCUCCUACCCGCUCAAGCCCUUCCUGGUCGAGGGCGACAAGGAGCGCUUCUGGGACCGCUGCCUGGCCAUCAUCCAGGGCCUCAGCGCCAAGAUGCUGCGCAUCAACGCCGACCCACACUUCUUCACCCAGGUCUUCCAGGACCUCAAGAAUGAGGGGGAGGCAGGACACGCCAAGGACAGCUCCUCCUCGGGCCCCAAGCACUGGACUAUCAGCCUGGACCGCUAGGCAGGGCCUCUGCCUCCGGGUCCACCAAGAAUUGGCCUCUAGGCCUGGACCGCCAAGCUCAAGGUCCACCAAGCAUUGGACUACAAGCCUGGACGGCUAAGGAGAGGCCCCCAAGCUCCGGGGCCACCAAGUGCUCAACUACAAGCGUGGACCUCUAAGGAGCCCCUUGAGGCCCUCUCUGCAUUCCCCCCAAACCUCACCGCCAAAGGCCACCCUUCCCAUAUGCUUUGUGCUUCUCCUGGCUUUUCUCAGCCCUGAGGGACCGGAGGAGGGGGGUCACAAUUAGGACUUGUCCUUUAGUCCUGCCACAAAACAGGUGGGGGUUUCUUCCCCCAAAAUGAGUCCUCCGUGGGUUGUCUUGCAAAGGGAAGCGAGGCUUGAUCCAGACCCCCUUUCUCUCUCUCUGCACUCCAUUCCCCAAGUCACUUGAUUUCUGCUGGAGGGACUGGAGGAGAGGGUCACAAUUAGGACAGGUCCUGUAGUCCUGCCACAACACAGGUGGGGGUUUCUUCCCCCAAAGCGAGCCUCCCGUGGGUUGCCUUGUACAGGGGAGCGAGGCUUGAUCCAGACCCCCUUUCUCUCUCUGCACACUCCAUUCCCCAAGCCACUCCCCAAAUUACAUCAAGCCUUUCUCACAACUGCGGCAUCUGAAUAGUUUGGGGUGGAGGGGAGCAGAGGAGAAAGUCUGGCUCGUGGGGUGCUGUAUCCCUUUGGCUGUGGGCAGGAGCGGUCCUUCCUCUUCCUUGGCCGGCCUUGUCUCUUGAGUGGGGCACUGGCAGAGGAGACCCCGUGAUUGUAGAUGUGACCUAAAAGACAGGGAGGGGUGGCUUAUUUCCCCAUUUUUCCUCCCAAUGCAGAGAUUCCCGAAACUGUCCUCGGGGCCCAACCUGAGGCAUAAUUUAUUGACAAGGUUCUUCCUUGUUCAGGAGAACGCCGUUUGCUGUGACCUUGCCUGUCGAAAACCCUGCUGGUGAAUCCCUCUCUGUGGCUCACAGAACAGCCGGGGCAUUUCAGUCUUGCAAUUUCUUCCUUGCCUCCCUCCCUCCCUUUCUCUUUCUCUCUCUUUCCCCAGCCUCCCUUAUGAAGCAACAAUUCCUGCAUGUAUUUGUCCUUCCUGCUGUUGGUGGCUCUGCCAUAGUGGUUGUUCUGCAAAGUGGAUGAUGGUCAUAGACAAAUGUCUCCAUCACUGCAAACCCAAUGCCUCUUUCAUGAUUUCUUUCCUUGUUUGACUCGGCACUUGGGGCAGGGAAGGCAGGUGGGUUGGGGGGGGAGGGAGGGGGUUUGAAAGAAGUGUGUCUGUCGUCCACGCUUCGAUGAAGUGCUGCGGGGAAAGCUGUGUUGCUGCUAUUCUUCCAUGUCCCUUCUCUGACCUGUUCUUUCCUCCUCUCAUCUCCCUCCCUCCCAUCUGAAGCAGAGGCUUGGAGCUAUCCGUGGUGCUAGCCUCUUCCACUGACUUACAUUUGCACAUUCUCAAAGCUUAAGGGGUGAAAAAAAAAACCCAAGCCGUCUCAUGGUGUUUGAAUGUAAAAUAGAACAAUGUCUGACUUAACAGGAUGUUUGUGCCAAUGUUGCUCAAAUGUACAAUAACAUAUUGUUUUAUAUUGUAUAUUUAAAAAGAGAUAAAAAAUAAUGAGUCGAAGUGGA